AUCAAUGCAAAUAGGAUUCACCACUAGGGGGCCACACUGAGAGGCAAUGGAAGCCCGCUUGUGCUGGAGGGGGACGGCCAGCAGAGGGCGCCGGGGCUCCCUUUCUGGCCACUGCAUGGCCGGGGCGCAUGCGCGGUGCCUUCUAAGAGGGCUGCUCCAGGCCUGGGAAGAAGGAGGACUCAGUGCAGGUGGGAUGGAUACUUUCAUUGUCGAAUUCUGCUAUAAAAACGUCAGCGUGAAAGAGGAUGGGAAUAACUUCACUGCCAGUUGCCGAAUUUGUCCAAACAAGACCAUCUCGGGGAGCAUAAGGAGUUCCAGCAACUUUUUGAAACAUGUCAAAGUGAGACACCCCCUCCGAUUCCAGGAGUACGAAAGGAGGAAGGAUGUGACUUGGAAGAAGAAAAAGAGGGUGCUGGCUGAAUACGAGGAGGCAGCAGCGAGUUCCACCGAGGCCGAGGCCUCACCGUCUGUUUCCAGAGACAGGCAGCUGUCCAGAAACAUCAAGAGGGAAGAAGAUGGAAGAGAUUCCAUGUACCUGGGCAGUGGUGCUGUUGACGCAGGCUCCAGCCUGCUAGAGCCUGAGACAUCAUUGGUUGUAUGCAGCGCUGACACGUCACCAACUGCUACAGAGGUGACACUGCACCAGGACUCGAUGUACGAACAAGACAUAGAGCAGCUAUCCAUACCCACACCCAUCAUCCAGCAAGUGCCCUGGUCAGGCUUUGAGAAGGCCUUUACCUUUGUGCGUCAAAAAGGGAAAAAUGUAAUUGUGCAGUGCAAUUAUUGUCUGCCGGCCAUCAAAAACGUGAGCUCAGCCAUUACGUCUGCCUCCAAUGUGAAGAAACAUCUUGAGAGAGCACACCCUGAUAAGCUGAGAGCAAUUGAAAUUGCAAGGAAGGCUAGAAGACGUGGCCAUAUUGAAAAGCCAGUAGAUUACGAUGAUGACCCAUCUCCUGUCAAAAUGCCAAAGCAGGAGCAGGAGGCGACUCUUGAGAGGGGGGGAUCAGGUAGGGAGCUGGUCACACAGAGGAUCCUUGACCAAAAAAUUAUGGAUUUCAUUGUAGAGGAGACCUUGCCUCUUCAAACAGUGGACAAAUCAACGUUCAUUGGGCUGGUUCGCCUUGGCCUUCCCAAAGACCUCACUGUUAUGUGUGCCAAAACCCUGAGGGAUCGAAUCGAGAAGAGGACAGCUGGUAUGCAAGAAACCCUGGCACAUCGGAUGGGUGCGGUAGCUUAUGUAGCCACUACCGCGGACUGCUGGACUGAUGGGAAGAAGAGUUUUUUAGGGGUGACAGCCCACUGGAUCUGCCCAACAACUCUGAAGCCUGAGUUUGGGGCCUUGGCUUGCAAGCGCCUCCAAGGCUGCCCCACAUAUGAUGUCCUGGCUAAAGCUCUGCAUGACGUCCACGUCCAGUACAGGAUUCACAACAAAGUUGUCUCCACAACCACGGACAGCAGCGCCAAUUUUGCCAAAGCUUUCCGAGUUUUUAAGGCUAAAGAGCCAACAGAUGCUGCAGACACCAGUGCUGACGAUGACGACGAUGAUCAGGAGGAGGCUGAGGUGGAUUUUGUGCCCAUCUCUGAGAUCCUGGAGACAGGUAACAGACAACAGGGAGAAUCUGUUGAUACAGAAGAUUUUGGUUUGCCGCCACACCAGCGGUGUGCUAGCCACACCCUGAACCUGGUGGCCACCGAAGAUAUCCAAGCCAUGGUUUCGGACUCCCCUCCAAAUAGCCCUCUGGGCUCUUUUAGGAAACUCUUUUGUUCCUUCAUGGGAAAAUGCAGCAAGCUUUGGUCCAAGCAGAGCCAGUCAGCGCAGAUUGCGGAGUACAUCUAUGAACAGUGUGGCGUGUACCUGAAGAUUCCAAGCAAGGCCAGGUGGGGUUCCACCUUUGAUGCCCUGAAGCAGCUCAAUGAGCUCCUCUCCACUGUGCCAGAAAAAGUGGAUGCCAUAAUGGACCAAUGCUCCUUGGCCAGGAUCACACCUGCAGAGAGCCUGGUGGUGCAGGAAUAUACGGAGAUCAUGGGGCCACUAGCCCAAUCAUUAGACAUCCUGCAACGGGAGAAUGGCAUGUUCAUGGGGUACUUGCUGCCAACACUCUACAACCUGGAUCGCAAGUUACAGGGCCUAGAGAACAAACCUGUCAGGUACACCUACUGCCUCCAACUAUUGAGGGGUGUGCGAGAAGCCCUAAGAAAGAGGUUUGCACCUAUCUGGGAAGACAGAAAGCUCCUUCUGGCAGCCUGCCUACACCCCCGCUUCAAAGUGGACUGGUUGGAAUCAGCCCAAACUGCUCAGACAAAUAGGUACAUGAUGGAAGCUCUACUGAAGGCUGAAAUUAGGGGUACAGUCGGGGAGGAGAAUGAUGAGUCUUUGGAGAAAGAUCAAGAAGGAGACGAUUUGGAAGAUGACUUCUUCAACAUACAACCCCGGGGCAGAAAGUCUGCCGUGGACACAGCCGAUGAGGAGGUUCUGAGAUACUUGAAGUCCCCCAGCAGGGAAGUGUCCUGUCUGCACGCUUUCCCUCGGGUCCUGCGGUGUUUUCUGCAGUUCAACACGGGCAUGCCUUCAAGCGCAGCAGUGGAACGCCUCUUCAGCACAGGUGGCAGCAUCUUCACAGUGAAAAGGCAUGCCCUGUCAGAUGAGCUCUUUGAGCAGCUGGUUCUUCUGAAGCAAAACAUGGCUGCCUCAGCCUUUUAACUUUCAAGGCAGUGUUCAGAACUGCAUUUCAAGAAUAAUUAAAUCAAGGGUUGAUAAUACUGCUGAAUGUUCUUGGAUAUUUUUCUACAAGUUGGUGGUAGAUAGCAUUUGGCUGUAUUGUUGGGCCGUUUGGUUAUGAGAUUCUGUUUUUCUUGUGAAUAAUUUUUAAUACUAAAAUCAUUUUUUGGUUUA